UGUUGUAAUUGUCCUAUGUAGAGGUCUUCGAAGUCUUUUCCGUUGCCAAAAGAAGAUCGAAUCGCUUUUGCUGUGUUUUCCUGACGUUUCAGAUCAGUUAAAGUUAUCAGAUUCUUGCUCAAAUUGCAAACCAGUAGUUCCUACCAAGGUCACGGAUUGUGCAGGAUUUUUUUCUAUCAAAUUAAUUUAAAUCUUUUGACCUUAUUUAUAAGUUAGGGAACCGUUAACAGCUUCGAAAUGGCCGGACUAAUAAAUUUUGAGGAUGAAAAGGAGGUUAAGCAGUUUUUGGAUAAUUUAGGAGUAGAGUACAGCUACCAGUGUUACAGUGAAAAGGAUCCUGAAGGGUGUCAGCGGUUGGCAGAUUACCUAGAGGGUGUGAAGAAAAACUAUGAAUCGACUGCUAAAGUACUCAAGCACAACUGUGAAGUAAAUGGACACGGCGAGAGCUGCUACAAAUUAGGCGCAUACUACGUCACUGGCAAAGGUGGAAUAAAGGAGUGCCUGAAGACAGCUUACUCCUGCUUUUUGAAAUCCUGUAACUCUGGGGGGAAGAAAUCGGUAGAUGCCUGUCAUAAUGUUGGCUUACUGUUAAAUGAUGGGAGGGCUAUUGAAGGAGAACCAGAUGCUGGAGCUGCACGUCAGUAUUAUGAGAAAGCCUGCGACGGAGGGUUUGCCCCCAGCUGUUUUAACCUCAGCGCACUGUAUAUACAAGGCUCUCCAGGAAUUGAGAAAAAUAUGCCAACGGCUCUUAAAUACGCCCUGCGAGCGUGUGAGCUUGGACACGUGUGGGGCUGUUCCAACGCCAGCCGCAUGUACAAGCUUGGUGAUGGAACAGCGAAAGACGAAAAGAAGGCGGAAGAACUGAAGAACAGGGCCAGAGAGCUCCAUGGACAACAGAAAGAGAGGCAGCUGAAAUUUGGAGAAUGAAAGCAACUGUGACUCUUUAUUUUGAGUCCAGAGGUCAUUUCAUGGCCUCUUUUAAAAGACUCGGAGAAGUCAUUGCAUG